AUGUAUGGCCGGUAUAGCCGGCAACUGGGAGAAUUUGCGAAACUAGAAGGCCUAAAGGCGCAAGAGAAAAGGAGACUCAAAGAGGAGAAGGCUAGGAAAAAAGAACUUAGCGGAUAUCAGGGUAAAUUGGCAAAAUCUAUAGCGUUCCUAUGGAGAAACACGUUCGCUAGAUUAGGCGAGGACUGGGUUUUCUUGGCCCUCCUAGGUGUCAUAAUGGCAUUUUUAAGCUUCAUCACCGACAAGGGCAUAGCCAUGUGCAACAGCGCGAGAUUGUGGCUGUACAAAGACCUAACCCACAAUACGGCGGCACAGUAUGCAGCUUGGAUCUCGCUUCCGGUCUGCCUGAUACUUUUCAGCGCCGGUUUUGUCCAAUUGGUCGCCCCACAGUCCAUUGGUUCGGGCAUUCCGGAGAUGAAGACCAUCCUCCGGGGGGUAGCCCUGAAGGAGUACUUAACAUUCCGGACGUUAGUGGCGAAGGUCAUCGGACUCACGGCCACGUUGGGCAGCGGCUUGCCGCUGGGCAAGGAGGGGCCUUUCGUCCACAUAGCCAGCAUCUCGGCUACGCUCCUCAGCAAGCUGGUCACUGGGUUCCAGGGCAUCUACGAGAACGAGAGCCGAACCACGGAGAUGCUGGCCGCUGCCUGUGCCGUAGGGGUGGGCAGCUGCUUCGCUGCACCCAUUGGAGGUGUACUGUUCAGUAUAGAAGUAACUACGGUUUACUUCGCCGUUAGGAAUUACUGGCGGGGCUUCUUCGCAGCUGUGUGCGGUGCCACGACGUUUCGUCUUUUAGCCGUGUGGUUCCAGAACGCGGAGACGGUCACAGCCAUGUUCAAAACCAACUUUUACAUGGAUUUUCCCUUCGAUCCGCAAGAACUGUUCGUAUUUGCCUUAUUAGGAGCGUUCAGCGGCGUAGGCGGGGCGUUCUUCGUCUGGGUGCACAGACACUACGUCAUCUUCAUGAGGAACAGCAAGACCCUCAACAACUUCCUGAAGAAAAACCGUUUUCUGUACCCCGGCAUAGUGACGCUACUGGUCUCCACUUGUACUUUCCCCCCUGGCUUCGGCCAGUUUGUGGCCGGCGACCUCAGCGGUCACGACCAGGUCAAGACGCUAUUCAGCAACUUCGCCUGGACGAGCGACAACAUCACCGUCGAGGAAGAGGAGAUCCUAGCGCACUGGAAGACCGAGUGGACCGACGUCAUCACCAAUUUGGCCUUGUACUCAAUUUUCACUUUUGCCGCUUCCAUCGUCUGCUCAACACUGCCCGUGCCCAGCGGAAUCUUCAUACCAGUUUUCAAAAUUGGGGCGUCUCUCGGUCGGAUUGUCGGCGAACUGAUGCAUCUCUGGUUCCCAAAUGGAAUGAGUUAUGGUGGAAGGUUGGCACAGAUCAUCCCCGGGGGAUACGCAACGGUGGGAGCUGCAGCCUUCAGUGGUUCUGUCACCCACACCAUCUCCGUGUCUGUGAUAGUAUUUGAAAUGACGGGACAGAUUACCCAUAUAAUACCCAUCAUGAUCUCAGUUUUGAUCGCUAACGCCAUAGGCAGUCUGCUAGCCCCCAGCAUCUACGACAGCAUCAUACUGAUCAAGAAACUGCCAUACCUUCCAGAUUUGCUGCCGAGCAGUAGCGGAAUGUACGACAUUUACGUAGAAGAUUUCAUGGUGAGAGAUGUGAAGUACAUUUCACACGGUAUGUCUUACGAACAGCUGAAGACGCUUUUAAAGGAAAACAGACGUCUGCAAAGCUUCCCUCUGGUGGACAGGCCGGAAAGCAUGGUGCUGCUAGGCUCGAUCCAAAGACUGCACCUCAUUCAGCUGAUAGAGAAGCAGAUUGGAAGGGAACGAAGGUUGCAGGUAGCGGCAAUCCGAAGGAAAGAGGCGGAGGAAAAAGCUAGGGAAGAGGAACUUAAAGCUGCUGAAGAGAGAAAGAGGAGGCCGUCGAGAUUCCAAGUGGUGCCAGCCCCCGAUAUGCUGCAGAGACAGAUGUCAGAGAAUCAGUUGGAUAAUAAGCCGAUGUACAACCCAGUGUUUGGGACCCAACCAAAAAAAUCCAUCCUUAAGAAAACCAAUUCCUUCACCCUCAAGGGAUUUUCACCAUUCCUGUCUACUAGUCCAGCAUCCACCCCUUACCAAACUGUGACGGGGGCGGAAAGCAGGAUUCGGUUAGCAUUCGACGCCAUAUUCAGAAAAUCGGCCAAUCUCCAGGAUGUAGAUCACGGAGCCAGCCAGUCACUGGAUAGUCCUGGGAGUGAUUCGUUGAACAGCAAAAUCGAAAUUAUCCCCAUGAGCCCCACUUCUUUGAAGAAGGUGCAACUGCCGAAAGAACGGAUCUGCGACAUGAGCACCGAAGACCAAAAGAAAUGGGAGGAGGAACAGAUGGCCCAUCCGGUAGACUUCUCCUCCUGCCACAUAGACCCAGCGCCAUUCCAGCUGGUGGAGCGGACUUCCCUCCUCAAAGUCCACUCGAUUUUCUCGAUGGUGGGGGUGAACCACGCGUAUGUGACCGCCAUCGGAAAACUGGUGGGGGUGGUGGGGUUGAAGGAACUCCGAAAGGCCAUCGAGGAUGUCAACAGCGGCGCCCUUCCCCUCCACCCGGAUGAUAACCUUGAGGCGACGGUUAGUGUAGAUGACGUUAAAGAUGUCCCGGUAGAGAAAGAACCCGAUGCCAGCACGACGCUGAUGCGGAAGGACUCGGAAGUAUGAUUUUCGGCGAGGGUAUAUUGCAUUCCUGUUGAAUACUGAUCGGGAGGGCGCUGUCCUGGUUGUGUUACGUUGGGCAGCUUCCAUUUUUAAUUUCUAGGUUAGGUAACAUUUUAAUGAAGUUGCAGUGGCUGUGAUUCGAGAUAUACCCCACCGAAAGCGUACUUCUGGGUGUGCGGUAAUAUAGUCCAGGAAAUAUGGAGUUGGGCGCGACUUUUUGUUUCGGCAAGCUGAAUUUAUCACUAUAGAUGUUAAAUAUGAUGUACAAUAACAUAU